AUGGCAGCAUCAAACUCAGGGGUCACCCUGGUCGGCUUGGGGAAUAUGGGAACGGCAAUCGCUCAUGCCUUCCUCAAAUCAGGCCGGUCCCUCACCAUCUGGAACCGCACAAGCACCAGGCCAUCAGUGACUGAACUUGUCGUAGCAGGCGCUUCUUAUGAACCAGACCUCGCCGAAGCAAUUUCGGCCAACAAUAUCAUCGUCUUCUGUGUUCUUGAAUAUCAGAAUAUCUACCAAGGCCUCCAGCCACUUGUCGCCAGUGGCGUUCUCAAGGACAAGGUCAUGGUGAAUCUGACAAAUGGAACACCUCAGGACGCACGAGAGGCGUCCGUAUGGUUGAAGGAGCGUGGUGUCGCUAAUUACUUCGACGGUGGUAUCAUGGUGACACCUCAGAAUGUUGGUACUCCAGUAUCAAUCGUGCUCAUCAGCGGUGAAGACGAGGAUAUGCUUGAGAGCAGUGGAGUUAGAGGCUUGAUCAGCAGUAUCGGCCUACCAGAUUACAAGGGAGAAGAUGCCGGCAUCGCCGCUGGCUAUGACAUCGCACUUCUUUCUGGCAUGUUUGGAAUGUUCAUCGGAUCCCUGACUGCUCUAGCAAUGAUUCGAAAGCAGAUUGAUCGAGCCAGGAAGACAAGUGGUGCAGAUGGUACGAAGAAAGCUGUCGCUGAUGUCAAUCUUACCAACGUGGUCACCACCUACUUCAAUCCGCUCCUCACCUCUCUGAUCCCCCACAACGAGCUCCUCGCAGCCGCCAUCGACAAUAACGACCAAGAUAACAAUCAUGGGAAUCCCAUGGAGAUGAUGCGCAUUGCAAUCAAUAAUAUCAUACGAGGUUGUGAGGAAGAAGGUGUUGACGCUGAGAAUUUGCGACAUUUUGCAAAGUUGACGGAGCAGGUUGUUCACUUGCACGGCCCCGACAGCGGUCUCGCAUGGGUUCAUUCUUUGUUGUUGAAGUAA